AUGACUUCAGUACAGAAACAGCCACAGCCAGGGGUGCACAUGGAACACAACAUCCCUCAACUCUUCACCACCGAUCCUCCCAUUUACGACGACCUACCCACAGAGUCGUCACGCCUGCAGGACGAAACCAUAAACGAAGUCUUACCCUACCUCAACGGUACGGAGCACAAACAAUGCAACUCUCACGGCCUGCCUCAUCUGGAUCGUCGUCGUCAUGUAAACUUCCUGCACAAGCAGCUGGGCAAGUUGCCCGCCGCCUUUACCUCUGCUGAUCCCAGCCGGCCCUGGUUCUUCUACUGGUGUCUCUCUGCCCUGGUUCUUCUGGGAGAGGACGUCGAGCCGUACCGGGAGAGACUCGUUGAUACCGUUCGCCCUAUGCAGAAUGCCGAUGGAGGAUUCGCUGGCGGCUUCGGCCAUACCUCGCAUCUCGCCACCUCCUAUGCAACCGUCCUGUCGCUGGCUCUAGUCGGCGGUGAGGACGCCUACGAAUGUAUUGACCGACGAGCCAUGUGGAGAUGGCUAUGCUCACUCAAGCAGCCCGAUGGAGGGUUCCAGAUGGCCCUGGGCGGCGAGGAGGAUGUCAGGGGUGCCUACUGUGCGGCCGUCAUCAUAUCGUUGCUCAACCUCCCUCUUGAGCUAUCACAGGAUUCUCCCGCACGAUCUGCUGGCCACACUGGUCUGUUCGCAGGACUGGCAAACUACGUACACAGAUGCCAAACGCACGAGGGCGGCGUGUCGGCCAAGCCGGGCAUCGAAGCACACGGUGCAUAUGCCUUUUGCGCUCUCGGAUGCCUUUCGAUUAUUGAUUCUCCACAUCGAGCCAUCCCACGACAUCUCAAUGUACCAUUGCUCAUCUCGUGGUUAUCAUCUCGUCAGUACGCCCCCGAGGGUGGUUUCUCGGGUCGCACAAAUAAGCUAGUCGAUGGUUGUUACAGUCACUGGGUCGGAGGAUGCUGGCCUCUCAUCGAGGCCGCUCUUAACGGACCCGGGUCGGGACCUGAAGAUGCAGAGGCCAGUUCAGGUGGCCGCUCGCUACCUGUGGCCCAGAGUAGCCUCUUCAGUCGUGAAGGUUUGAUCCGAUACAUUCUUUGUUGCUGUCAAGACCUGUCCAAGCGGGGCGGGCUGAGGGACAAGCCAAGCAAGUACUCGGAUGCAUAUCACACCUGCUACGUCCUCUCUGGAUUGAGCUCAGCGCAGCACAGGUGGACCUUGGACACUGCUCGUUCUCACGAGGCGGACGUGAAGGGGGAUUCCUGGUCUGUAACACCUUACAUGGAUGGUGAACAGAUCUUUGACGAGGAGGAUCGCGUUGCCACUGUGCAUCCAGUCUAUGUUAUUCCACAGCAUAAAGUGGAGGGCAUGCAGAAUUACUUUUCGUCCAAGCAAGGAUUUUAGAUUAAGUAGCAUUUGUGUAGCGUCAGGUGGAGGCUUGGGAGACAGACAUGAGACACGACAUAUGAUGUACUACGAUGCAGCAGAGACUGGUCGUUUUCCGUGGC